AUGAAAGAGCAGAAGAGGGACGACUUUCAAAAUCAAGUGCUGAAACAGUUUGCUCCAGUGGAUGUUCUCAAUUCAUUGGCAGCUCUUGUGCAGCAACACCAGCAGAAGCAGCAGCUGCAAGUACCGCAACAGCAGCUAACUUCAAGUGCCAGCACGCCUAAUCCAUUGCAGCACUCAACGACUCCUCCUCAGAACGUAAGUCACUCCUCGCAGAGUGCGCAACAGCUGCAGCAGCAGCAGUCGUCGAUGCCAGUUGAAGCGCCUGCAGCGCCACGUACUUCCCCAGACUUGGCAAGUGCUGCACAUCCAGUAGCAGCAGCAGCAGCGGAACAGCAUCUUCCGCCAGUCGCCAAAGGAGUUGAAAAGAAACAGUGA